CACCAAACCACCCACACAAUGGCGCCCAAACUCUCAAAACUAGGAGUGGCGCUCCAAUCGCCCUCCUCCUUCCUUGCCGAUACCCACGCCCUCCUCCCCCUCAUCGCCAAGCGCGGCGUCAAAUACGGGUGGACGACCGCACCCGCCCGCUCAAAGGCGACACCAGGACGCUUCAACCAGGUCUCCGCUGGGCUCCCCAUCCUCUCCGCCUCGCCCGCCGCGGCAUUAAAACGAAAAGACUUCACCCUCCCCCUGCGAACAGGAGCGAUGGGCAUCAAGAAGGGCAUGACCGCCAUUUACGACCCCGAGACCGGCAAGCGCACCGCCUGCACCGUCGUCCAAUUCGACCGCGUGCAGGUCGUCUCGCACAAGACGCGCGAGAAGAACGGAUACUUCGCGGUGCAGGUCGGCGCGGGAUGGAAGCACCAGAGCAACGUCACGAGGCCGCUCCUUGGGCACUUCACCGAGGCGGGUGUCAGCCCCAAGAGGCACGUUGUGGAGUUCAGGGUCAAGGAUGCGACGGGACUGUUGCCGACGGGACAGAUGAUCGGGCCGGAGUGGUUCACUGAGGGACAGUUUGUGGAUACGCGCUCGAACUGUAGGGGAAUGGGGUUUGAGGGUGGUAUGAAGAGGCAUGGCUUCAGUGGUCAGGGAGCGUCUCACGGUAACUCGAAGUCGCACAGACUUAUGGGUUCGAGUGGUGGUUCGCAGGGAACUGGUAGCAGAGUUUUGCCUGGAAAGAAGAUGCCGGGAAAUAUGGGUGGCCAACAGGUCACUGUGCAGAAUGUUGAGGUGCUGAAGGUGGAUGCUGAGAAGGGCAUUAUUGUGCUAAAGGGAUGUGUUUCCGGGCCAAAGGGCUGCGUGGUCAAGCUUCAGGAUGCGAUUAAGAAGCCAUGGCCAAAGAUGCCUGUUGUGGAGGAGGUAGUGGCGAAGGUUGAGGAGGUUGCUGCGUAACUCCUCGGCGAGGAGAGAGCGUUGGGUGGGUUCUUGGUGUGAAGAUAUUGUCGAGAUAGGAGUGUAUAUUACCAGCGGCGAGGCGUUAUAGAGUGUAUAGUAGACAAUGAUACUACAUAAAGUCUUGAUCUUUCCUAGUUUUCCUUGAGAUUGCUUAUAUUGAGAUUGUUUAUAUACAUAUAUGUUCCGGUGAUGUAGAUGCGGAUUGUCCUACCCACAGCCUCAAAUCCAGAACGGAG